UUGCCGAACUGAACUUCCACAAGGUGAAUCCUCCAUCUUCAAAACAACCCAUCUUCCUAGACCGUUUCUGGUGAGACGGGGAACAUUGUACCACCUUCUUCCUAUUUGCAGCCCGUACACGAUCGCUUUAGAGGGCCUACCUGAUUCCCGACUGCCGCUGUGGUCGCAAGUGGACUUCAGUUCUCCUCGAUGCCCUUUCGCAAGGGACGAGCUUUCGAUUCGACCUUCCAGACCCUUCUAGUCGCCGUGAACUGAUGCCGUCUUCUUAACAUCAUUCACCUACUCAACCUUGCGCAUCCCCUGCAAAGUAAAACGAUCUUGGGGCGCCCCAGGCCCUUUACUCGAACUCAGCUAUGAAGCUCUCGGCCAUCGCAACGCCGCUGGGCUUGGCCGCUCUGGCUAUAGCAUCCAACGUCCUCCCCCGCGACUUCGAUUCGAACGAUUACUAUGUUCUCCAUCUCGACGGCCGAACGUCACCUACUGAGGUCGCGAGGAGCCUAGGCUUGUCUCACGAGGGGCCACUUGGUGAACUCCAGGAUCACCAUCUAUUUGUUGGGAGCAAAGCCGAACAUGAUAUUGUCAAGAGAGAAUUGACGGAGCGCCGGCGCCGAAAACGAUCAUUAGGCGACGAGCCCCAUGUUCUGGAUAGUGUCCUCUUCUCAGAGAAGCAAAUAUUGCGGAAGCCUUGGGAGAAGCGCAUGGUCCCCCGACCAGCAGGACCUUCCAGAAGGGGUCUCUUUUCUGACCAAGGGGUUGACUGGGCAGUCAAGAAGCAAAACGAAGUCAUCGGGACUUUGGGCAUCAAAGACCCCAUAUUCAAGGAGCAGUGGCAUCUUUUCAACACCGUCCAGACUGGACACGACGUGAACGUUACCGGGCUUUGGCUCGAAGGCAUCACUGGAAAAAACGCCACCGUCGCCAUUGUCGAUGAUGGCUUGGAUAUGGAAACCGAUGACUUGAAGGACAACUAUUACGCCCAGGGGUCAUGGGACUUCAACGACAAGGUCCCUGAUCCAAAGCCCCGAUUGAGCGAUGACAAACACGGAACUCGCUGCGCCGGUGAAGUUUCGGCCGGGAAAAACAAUGCCUGCGGUGUGGGAGUAGCAUAUGACUCCAGGAUUGCCGGCUUGCGUAUCUUGUCCAAGCUGAUAUCUGACUCUGACGAAGCCGUUGCUAUGAACUACGACUUUCAGCACAAUCAGAUCUAUUCGUGCUCCUGGGGACCCCCUGAUGACGGACAGAGCAUGGACGCUCCCGGGAUUCUGAUCAAGAGGGCUAUGCUCAAUGCUGUCCAGAAGGGCCGUGGGGGGCUGGGCUCAAUCUAUGUCUUCGCCAGCGGCAAUGGUGCUGGAAACGGAGACAACUGCAAUUUUGAUGGCUACACCAACAGCAUCUACAGCAUUACCGUCGGAGCCGUUGACAGAAACGGCGACCAUCCCUAUUACUCUGAAUCGUGUUCCGCGAAUCUGGUCGUGACAUACUCCAGCGGCGGUGGUGAUUCGAUCCACACGACUGACGUCGGGAAUGCUUGUUCUGAUACUCACGGUGGUACCUCGGCUGCCGCUCCGCUCGCAGCUGGUAUCUUCGCUCUUGUCCUGCAGGUUCGCCCAGAUCUCUCAUGGAGAGAUAUGCAGCAUCUUACUGUGAACACUGCUGUUCCUAUCAACCUUGACAGCGGCGAGUGGCAGACGACUGCUAUUGGCAAACAAUUCAGCCAUAUGUAUGGAUACGGCAAACUAGACAGCUACGCCAUUGUUCAGGCAGCCAAGACCUGGAAGAAGGUGAAGCCUCAGGCCUGGUUCUACUCUCCUUGGAUCCACGUCAACAAAGCAAUUCCCCAGGGAGACACGGGAGUUGCUGUCACUUAUGAAGUUACGCAGGCAAUGCUGGACGAGGCCAACCUUGAGCGCCUGGAGCAUAUUACGGUUACAAUGAACAUCGCGCAUACCAGGCGAGGAGACCUUAGUGUUGAUCUCAUCAGCCCCAACAAGCUGGUCAGCCAUCUUUCGGUCAGCCGGAAGAACGAUGAGGCCCACGCUGGCUAUGACGACUGGACGUUCAUGAGUGUCCUUCACUGGGGUGAAACCGGCGUCGGUAACUGGACCAUCAUUGUCAAAGACACCCAAGUCAACAGUCACGAGGGCGUUUUCACCGACUGGCACCUCAAGCUCUGGGGCGAGAGCAAGGAUGCCUCCAAGGCCAAGGUACUCCCGAUGCCCACCGAGGAAGACGACAACGACCACGCCGUCAUCGCCACUACCACCCUCCCCGCUACCACCACCACCUUACCGCCGCAGCCCAUCGCCACCGACACCAAGCCCACCACCGUCUCCGAUCAUCCGAACCGCCCCGUCAACUCCAAGCCAACUCCCACCGACGCCUCCUCCAAUCCGUCCCCCACCUCCGACGAACAAACCUCGGAAACCACCACGCCCACCAACAGCACCUGGCUGCCCUCCUUCCUGCCCACCUUCGGCAAGUCCGCCGCCACCAUGGUCUGGGUCUACGGCUCCGCCGCCCUCAUCGGCGUCUUCUGUAUCAGUCUGGCCGUCUACUUCUGGCUUGCCCGGCGCAAGCGUCUCCGCAACAACCCGCGGGGCGACUACGAGUUCGAGCUGCUCGACGAGGAAGAGGCCGAGGGUCUCGCCGGCGGCGGCGGCAGCAGCGCUGAGAAGCGCGGCGCUGGCGGUGCCGGUGGCCUGGCGGGAGGCAAGAGGACGCGCGGGGGGGAAUUGUAUGAUGCGUUUGCUGGCGGGAGCGAUGAUGAGGAUGUUGAUGAUGAGGUGUAUCGUGAUCGAGUAGAUGAGCUUGGUAGGGGGAGUGGGAGCGGUAGUGAAGGCGCAAGUGGGAGUGGAAGUGGUUCUGGAGCUGGAGCUGGAGCUGGUGGAAGACAGACGCGGGCUUUGAGAUCGGAUAGUGAUGAUGAAAGUGGACAUCAUGUUGUGGGGGAUGAUGAUGAUGAGAGCGAUAGCGAUGAUGACGGGCAUGGUUCGAGGCCAUUGAGGCGAUAAAGUGUCUUUCUGUCUUUCUGUGAUGGUUAUAGGGAGGGGAUCUUAUGAUGUCAACAGUCAUCGAGUAAAGUUAGGCGUACCUCUACUGUUGUUUUUGAAAAAGGAAAAAAGACUUCAAUGGCGUAUAUAGAGCACUACUUCUUUUCUUCGCGCGUCUUUGGCUUGCAAUUCGUAUCGUGCUGAGCUUAAGUGUGCCCU